UGAGCAAAGAAAAACAGGACAGUGGCAUUCGAUUGUGACUCUUAGUGUUCAAAUUGUACCUCUUCCCAGCAAUUGUAAAACAUACUGUACUACUAGUUGUUAUGCGAGAGGAGGUGUGGCUGAUUUGAGGUAACAGGAUUGGUGGCGAGGUGAAUUAGGUAUCAUAUAGCAGCUAUAAAACAGCCAAGGGAACUCAACAAGGACAUUUCUGCGGAGAUACUUUCAGACCAUACAGCAGCAGUGACACCAUGAGGUUCCAGGCUCUGUUCUUUCUCCUGCUCCUGGCAUGCAUGUACCUCAGUCUGGCUCAAGGGUCGUAUGAGAACUGCUGUCUGAGGCAUGUUACUGGCCUGAAGAAGAGCACCAAGAGGAACGUUGUACACUACAGGAUACAGGAAACAGAUGGAGGCUGCAACAUCAAGGCCGUUGUGUUCGUACUGAAGAAAGGGAAGACUGUUUGUGCCAAUCCCAGCCACAAAUGGGUACAGCAUCUGAUGACUGUUGUCAAUAAGACUCCUGGGAAUAGGGAAUGAGGGGAUGUAGUUGAUCAGUUGCUUCGUUGGAGGAUCUUUCAACCAGUGUAUGCCAAUUUC